CCGCGUCACAAGGCGGCGUCACGUCUCCCCACCCCGCGCUAAGAUGGCGAGGCGACGUCCGCUCUGCCGAACAGCGGCGGCGGCGGCGGCAGAGACAUCGCAGCGCGGCGCCGUGAGCAGAGCUUAGAGCUCAGCCAGCAUCGCUCGCAGCCAGCACCACCACCACCACAACCACCACCACAACCAUUACCACCACAACCAUCACCACCACCACCACCCACACACUCGCGACGCCGGCGCGUGGCCACGAGCGUGCACAGCCUCCGCCCAGCCCGGGGUGUCGAGAUGUCUCUCCUGUGCGUGAGAGUAAAGAAAGCAAAGCUUUCGGGACCGCCAGAGAAAUUUAAUACGUACGUGACACUCAAAGUGCAAAAUGUGAAAAGCACGACCAUCGCAGUCCGUGGAAAUCAGCCCUGCUGGGAGCAAGACUUCAUGUUUGAGAUCAACCGUUUGGAUCUUGGCCUCAUUGUGGAGGUAUGGGACAAAGGACUCAUCUGGGACACAAUGGUUGGCACCUCGUGGAUUCCUCUCAAUGACAUCCAGCACUCGAACGAGGAGGGCCCUGGAGAAUGGCAAACCCUCGACGCCGAAGUCCUCAUGAAGGAAGAUGAAAUAUGUGGCACCAAGACCCCCACGCCGCACCAUAUCCUGCUCGACUCGCGCUUCGAGCUGCCCUUUGACAUCCCAGAGGAGGAGGCAAAGUACUGGACCACAAAGCUCGAGCAACUCAACGUCUUGCAGGAUCACGACGAGUACAACUUCCAAGAGGCGGUGGAGAAGAAGCCCCUUCCUACCACAAAUCUGCAAUGUUGCAACUGGACCUAUUUCGGAUGGGGUGACCAACAAACGCUGGACGACCCAGACAGCGCGGUGGACGACCGCGACAGCGACUACCGGAGCGAGACGAGCAACAGCAUCCCCCCGCAGUACCACAGCACAUCGCAGCCCAACGCGUCGGCGCACCAGUACCCGGCGCACCAGCGCGGCCGCCAGACGGCACACACUCCCACGUCGCCCCUCGACACCCGGGCCGACGGGGGAUACUCGGACCACCGCGAGCUCAGCUGUGAUAGCAUAGAGUCCGCUACAAAUGGCCAUAGUGAUCUAGAGUCUGCAUCUGGGUCUAGCCGGCUAACGAGCCGGCAGUACUCCGUCGAGAGCAGGCAGUCUGUAGAUCUUUCCGAUAGGUGGGUUUUGUCGAAGGUCUUCGUCUUGGUGGGCUAUCAGUGUCGUGCCAUUUGACGCUCUUCUCCAGCACGCCUUUGUCCAUGAUCAG